GUUUAUACCAGGCAAUCGGUUGAACUGAUCACUUGACCCGUCUAUUUGAUUUCAAUUUCCUUUGGGCCGUGAUAGUCGCCGUUGUACUAAUGUCUGGUAGUCACAAAUUGCUAAGGGAAUUCAGUGGAAUCGACAAAAUUUAUGUCGUUAAGCGAGAUGGAAGGAACGAAGUAAUUCAUUGCGAAAAAAUUACAAAACGUGUACGUGCUAUGUGCUAUGGUUUGAACGAGUCAUACAUUGACGUGGAAGCGGUAACUAAACGUGUAGUGUCUGGCUUAUAUCCGGGAGUGACUACUGUGGAAUUAGAUAAUCUGGCAGCCGAGACAUGCGCAAGCAUGAUAACAAAACAUCAUGAAUAUGCUAUUUUGGCUGCUCGUCUUGCCGUUUCAAAUCUACACAAGGAAACGAAAUCUAGGUUUUCAGAUGUUAUUGAAGAUUUGUUCGGUUACAUUAAUCUUCGAACCAAGAAGCAUUCUCCCUUAGUAACAAGAAGUCUUCGCGAUUUUGUUAGAGAAAAUGCCGAGCGGCUGGAUAAUGCCAUUGACUACCAGCGAGAUUACACGUACAAUUAUUUUGGGUUUAAGACUCUAGAGCGGUCUUACCUUUUAAAAAUAAACGGUAAGGUUCAUGAGCGACCACAGCAUAUGUUAAUGCGGGUAUCGAUUGGGAUACAUACGUCUGACAUCGACAGUGCCAUCGAGACGUAUAACCUGAUGUCUGAAAAAUGGUUUACACAUGCUUCACCGACACUUUUUAACGCUGGAACUCCCAAACCACAGCUUUCAAGUUGUUUUCUUAUCACUAUGAAAGACGAUAGUAUAGAAGGCAUUUACGACACGUUGAAAGAAUGUGCAAUUAUAUCUAAAAAUGCCGGGGGUAUUGGAAUAAAUGUUCAUAACAUCCGCAGUCUUGGGACCUACAUAGCUGGAACAAAUGGAGAAUCAAAUGGUCUUGUCCCGAUGUUGCGUGUAUUCAAUAGCACUGCACGAUAUGUUGACCAAGGAGGUAACAAGCGUCCAGGAGCCUUUGCCAUGUACUUAGAACCUUGGCACCCUGAUGUAUUUCAGUUCAUAGAAAUGCGGAAAAAUACUGGCGCCGAAGAGAUUCGUGCACGGGACUUGUUCUUUGCCCUCUGGAUACCUGACUUGUUUAUGCGCCGCGUUGAAUCUAACGAUAAGUGGACACUUAUGGAUCCUCAUGAGUGUCCAGGCUUGCCCGAACUAUGGGGCGAAAAUUUCGACAAUUUGUAUGAAAAAUAUGAGCGUGAAGGGCGUGGCAGACAAACAAUUAAAGCCCAGGAGCUAUGGUACGCUAUUAUUGAAUGCCAGAUUGAAACAGGCAAUCCAUUUAUGUUGUACAAGGAUUCUUGCAAUCGCAAAUCAAAUCACCAACAUCUAGGCACAAUUCGUUGUAGCAACCUAUGCACCGAAAUAGUUGAGUAUUCUUCACCAGACGAAACAGCUGUCUGUAAUUUGGCCUCUAUUUCAUUGGCAAAAUUUGUUGAUCGAGAUAAUCUUACGUUCGAUUUCGAUAAGCUACAAGAAGUUACAAAAGUCGUAACCAGAAAUUUAAACAAGGUCAUUGAUGUUAGCUUUUAUCCAGUUGAAGAGGCUCGCAGAUCAAAUAUGCGUCAUCGGCCGAUCGGUAUUGGGGUUCAAGGUUUGGCAGAUACAUUUUGUCUUUUGAGGUAUCCCUUUGAUAGUCCAGAAGCGGCAGACCUUAACAAACGUAUAUUUGAAACAAUGUACUUUGCAUCUCUGGAUGCGUCAUGCCAGCUAGCGGUUGACCAAGGGACAUAUGAGUCAUAUCAAGGUUCUCCUGUCAGUAAGGGUAUACUUCAGCCUGAUAUGUGGGGUGUAGAUACGGAGGAGCUUUCCAAAGUGUCUGGUUUAGAUUGGAGUGGAUUACGUGCUCGAAUAAAAAUGUAGGUACUACAAAUUCUUACAUUACUUUCCAAAUAUCAUUGCUCUUAUGAAUGAAGAGGUGGAUAAUAUCGGUAGAUUUUUAUCACCAUUUGUCUUUGGAUUACACCAGGUUCGGUAAGCUUUUUUUCCACCGUACAAAUACCUAAUAUCAGUUAUUGAGUCAGGUACCAAGACAAACCACUAAUUUGUUCUUAGUAAGUAUUACUGUAUCAGUGGUUAUGCUACUCAACUUUUAAUCGCUAGAUCUUGGGGUUCAUACUCUAUUUCAUCUGCUUUAAUUCCGAUAGCUAGAUGGAACCACUAAACUAUCGCACCUGAAGUUUUGUUCAAAGGUGAAUACAUAAAGUCGUUCUUGGUAAAAGCUACAUAAUUAUUACGAUUUAGUGGAUUCUGAUAAAUAAGAAUUCUGUGCCUAUUCACCAGUGAUGUCACCCGGUAUGCUACAUUGUACUUAGAUUAUGUAGAUUCCCUGGAUACUUUAGACGACCGACUUCGCUUUUAUAGUGGUUACAACUCCCGGUUCACCAAAUAAAUACGAUUAGUAAGACUAUUCAGUCUGAUUUAAAAUGGUCAGUUUGACCGAUGUGAAGUUUGUUUUGAACUUGUUAGACACUUGACCGAUAAGUGGCGUUUAACCUCCAGAUUUGAACAUUUGAUUUCAUUUCGUUUUGUGUAGAAAUUUCAUUGGUUUUCUAGCUCAGAUUGCUAAGGGAAAAAGUGAGGACUGUUAAACGUAACAAUUAACAUGUUUCAUAUAUCGCUUUUAAAAGUAAGCAAAAUGCAACAAAAGCAUGUGGAUUGUGUGCUGGAUAGUUUUCUGUUUUGAAGUGACUAGUAACAAAAUGUACGAAAUACCAUUAAGUAAGAGACGUUAAGUGGAUUUUACAUUAAUAAUGGUGUAUGAGUACUAAAAGUAGUAGUUUCGUCUUAGAAGUUCACAUAUUUGAUUAACACCUGUUAUUUCACUGUUCAUAUCACAUCUCGUGUCAUUAUUCGGUACUGAUAAUCCACUCCUAUUAGAAUCAAAAUAUGGGUAAGCUGGCGCGCUUAUGAUGACUUUAUUUUAUUAUCUUGUACAUUGAAAUAUGAUUCACACACCUUCGAAUGUAGGAAAUCUUUUCUUUUACCUAAGGUAUGGUUUGCGCAAUAGUCUCCUGUUGGCCCCCAUGCCAACAGCAUCAACAUCUCAGAUUCUUGGGAACAAUGAGUCUACUGAACCCUUCACAAGCAACGUAUUUUCUCGCCGCGUGUUAAGUGGUGAAUUCCAGAUUGUGAAUCCAUAUCUUCUUGAUGAUCUUACUAAAUUAGGGUUGUGGUCGGACGAACUUAAAACAGCGAUUGUUUUGAAUCAGGGUUCUAUUCAACAUAUCGAUGGAAUUCCUAAGGAGUUAAAACCUUUGUACAAGACAGUAUGGGAGAUUUCGCAAAAGAAGAUUAUCGAUAUGGCUGCAGGUCGUGCCCCAUUUAUUGACCAGAGCCAGUCUCUUAACUUACAUCUCGCCCAACCGAACUAUGGAAAAAUAACAAGUAUGCAUUUCUAUGCUUGGAGAAAGGGUCUGAAAACAGGUAUGUACUAUCUGCGAACACGACCUGCUGCUGAUCCUAUCAAGUUCAGUGUAGACAAAACUAUUCUGCGAGUGCUUACUGAUUCUACAACAAAAACAAAUGAACCUCAAAAUAAUGAUUCAAUUGAUCAAACUGUUGAAGCUAUAGAAGAACUUCGAAUAAUGGAGGAAAUACAGAAACGGAAUGUGGACGCUAUUGCUUGUAGUCUGAACAAUCCCGAAGGGUGCUUAAGCUGCCAAGGAUAAUAUAACCUAACUUGUCAAAAUUUAUUUUUGUCAAUGUGCUUUCUAAUUGUAACUAUUCAGGAAGAUUUUAUAAAUGAAGAGUUUUAUGUUAUUUUAUCAUGAGUAUUAUGUAAUGAUAGAUCUCCUAAUUCUUGAUAUUAUAUUAUUUAAUCACUUUUGUCUAGCUUUUCUUUAUACAUAUUGAAGUUUGGAUCAUUUGACUCAAUGAUUUUCUAAGCGUUGGACUGCUAGUGGAUUCAUACUUUUAGAUGUGAAGCGCGUUAUUGAAUACUGUGAUAUGUGCACUAAAUUUUACUCCCUUUCAAAUUCUAGGGAAUACAGACCAAGAAAAGCAUUGAUGAAAGAAGAACCACAGCAGCGUUAGUAUUGCCUACUCUGUGGUCCGACCACAUACAACAUUACGAGGUGAUAUAUUUUAGGAAAUUUGCAAUCGUGUUUUUAAGUCAAGGUAAGAUUAGAACUAUAUGUUCACUUUAUAGUGGAAUGCUGAUUGCGACUUAUGUUAAUAAGAAAGUAAUCUGGUGUUUUGACUGAUUAAUUAGACUCAUAUCAUUAAUGUCAAGGCUUUAUCACACUUCCUAUAAACAUACUAUGCGGUGAUGAUAUUUUAUCUCACUUCAGGGGUUCUGAAUAGCUGUUUUUUUCAAUAUAGAAGGGUACAUUGUCUAUGAAUUACUAGUCGAUGAAAUACUAAUUACGUAAAACCAGUUGUUAGAUAAACAGAACAAAAAGCAUUACCUAUAAAGUCUAGGCUGAAUAUGAGAAUACUUUAUGCUCGAAAAAAUAGACUCAGGGGAUGUAGAGUAUUCCAGCAUCAUUCCGCCACUAGGAGAUGUAUCAAAGUCGAACGCUACCUUCGGGUAAACCAAGACGAAAGUGGUAAGUUACCAAUUGCUAUGUCUUAUUAGCCCAGAAUAAGGUUGACCAUGCAUUCGCUUUACACUUUUAGUUUGUUCGAAGUCGGUGGUAUCCGAU